AUGGGCGUCGUGUACCACUCGAAUCGGACGGGUGGAGGCGCGGUCGGUCGGGUAUGGAUGGCGAUCGCGGUGUGUGGGAUCCUGCAUCUCAUCUGCUACCGCGCGACGACGCCGCUCCGAAGGAACGUCGACCUCUCCACCCGAGUCGCUUCCCCCGUCGAGCCGUUCGGGUUCGAAGGGACUGCGCCAACUUCCUCGCACAUUGUCGUCAAACGAGGCACACCGACCGAGGAUGAGUCGCUUGUGACGUACUCUUCGCACUCGAACCACAACCACUCCAAGUCCCACCGCGACGACAAUCACAGCGGCGAGAACGGCGAGCCCCCACUGGACGAAGGCGCCGACUCGGACGCCUGGAUCGACUGGACCCACAUCUACGAACACGCCACCUCCACCCAAAAGCCGUUCGUCUUCUUCGGCAUGAUCCUGUGGCUCGUAUUUCUGUUCGCCUUUGUUGGCAUCACCGCGAGCGAUUUCUUUUGUCCGAACCUGAGCACGAUCGCUUCCAGGCUCGGGCUCAGUGAGAGUGUCGUAAGUACCACAGCACCAUACCGGGUCGUAUCAUGACCCGAUGCCGAGAGACGGUGCAGUAUCGAGCUUUAAACGCUGACGACCCCACCGAUACCCCACCUACCCUCAGGCCGGAGUCACCCUGCUCGCUUUUUCCAACGGCUCUCCCGAUGUAUUCUCCACUUUUGCCGCCCUUUCAAGAGGCUCGGGGUCACUCGCCAUCGGAGAACUCAUCGGUGCAGCCUCCUUCAUCGUCUCGGUCGUGGCGUGAGUCACCCGGCAGUCGGGACCACCACCCGUCGCGCCUGCCUACUGUCGCUUGCAAUCCACUGACCACGCGAUACCUGUCACUACAGAGGGACCAUGUGUCUUAUCAAACCGUUUCGUGUGUCGCGGCACACCUUCCUCCGCGACGUCGGCUUCUUCUCGAUCGCCAUCACCCUCACCUUGCUAAUCCUCUACGACUCGCACAUCCACCUGUGGGAAGCGAUCGCCAUGGUCUUGCUCUACAUCGUCUACGUCAUCAUUGUAGCGGUGGGAAGCUGGUGGAUGGCGAGGAAGGAAAAGAAAGAGGCCUUGUUGAGGGCCGCGAGGGAAGAAUAUGCCGACGAGCCCGUCACUGGCCUGGAUGACGAUCAAGGUGGGUUGGGGCGUGUGAUCUAUUCGAGCCACCAUGGCUCUUCCUGACGAGCACCUUUCUCGAACCAGAUCCCAACACACUCACUCCCGAUUCGACGCGACGAUCAACGCCUUCGCUCACCCCUCAAGGCACACCGUUUUCGGGACUGCAGCCUUUUCCCUCGCUUUCGAGCCCCACACCCCAUCCCGCGCCUCACCCACACCAGCAUCAGGUCCUUGACGAUGACGCCCUCAUCGCUGCGAUCGAACGCGGUGUUCCCGUCACGCUCACACGGCAGCGGUCCAACACGCACACCUCGAUCGCUUCGCCCGAUCUCGGAACCGCUUCGACGAGUGGUUUCAGCCCUCGUCACACUCGACGACCAUCUCUAGCUCGGAGACCCAUGACGAAAUCGACCGUACGCCCUUCCCUGUUGGGUGCGAUCGAAUUCAGAGAUGUCGUCAAUUCGUUACGGGCCGAUUCCUCCGCACGGACGUUGGCCGUCUUUGGUGGAGCGGGCGACGAGGUGCAUUCGCAUGCCAGUUUCGUUGGCGCCGAGUCGGAUUUCCUCGCUAGGACAAGGCUGCGAUCGGCGAGCCACUCGGGCGCGAUUCGAUUGGGUGAUGACGUACCGGAACGACAAUUGUCGGCGCGACCGGGCUUGCAGGACCGAAGAGGGACUUGGACGAACGCGAGGUCCCGGUCCGAGAGUGGGGAGGCGACGGGCAGCGAGGGACCUAGCGCGCAUUGGAGCGAUGUGGAGGAUGGGAACGAGGAUGACGAGGAAGCGGAACCCAUCAUUGACCUAUCCGCCGGAAUCGAAAACCCUUGGCAAGGAGCGACAAGUCCCGGCUUGGGUCGAAGAGGGAGUAGUGGAAGUUUGAGGAUGGACCCAUCGGGGGCGUUGAGAAUCAACGUCCCUUCGACGUCGGCGACGAGUCGGAUGAAGUCCAUGCCACAGAGUGGGAGUCGACACAACUCGGGGGGCUCGAUCGACGCCGAUGAUGACUCGAAUCCGAACAAGCGGGUGCGCAAGGUUCCUUCGAUCUUGUUGACGAGUGUGAAUGGAUCGAUGGCGCUCGUUCAACCGGCCGCCGAAGUCGCAGCGCCGAAGCGAUGGGCCACCAUCAUCGCGGAGAAACGCAGUUUCCGAAUCGCGUACGCCGUCGCCCUUGCCCUGUUCCCCUCGUUGCAAAACUUUGGCGAAAAGUCAAUCGUCGGUAAAGCGACGGCCAUCUUGUGCGUUCCCGCCAUCCUCUUGCUCAACUUGACCUUGCCGGUCGUCGACUCGGAAACGGAGGAUUGCGUCUCGAUCGAAGAGAAGGAAGCGAGGGAGCCACGACACGACGGUGACUUUGUGACGACUCCGAUGCUGUAUACAGACAGCGACGAUCGGUUCUUCUUCAAUGACGCCGAAGAAGUUGAUGGUGUGAAUGGGUUCGACUCGUUGCAGAAUCGGCAUGCGAGGGAAGCCGUGGCGCGGAAAUUACACGAGCGCGUCCUGCCGAACCUCGACGACGCCAACUCGGCGAUGUGGAACGCCACUUCGGCGGCCACGACACCAGCCGCGAUCGAUUUCAACGCUGUCGAUCGUGGGUUGAACAGCUUUUCGAUGGGUAUGAACGGGGUUCCGUCAAUUCAACUUCCCCCCAACAUCGAUCCGCUCACGACCGCUCCACCAGGAAACGAAGCCACGACCCCACCUUCGACGCCACUUUUGAGCAAAAAGCCGCUCAGCAACGACGACUUGUCGCGAUGGUUGACCGCUAUCCAAUGCACGCUCGGACCCGUCUUCAUCGUCUGCGCGAUCAUGACCGAUUCCGUGCGAUGGUUCGAGAUCGUCAUCGCUUUCGGAGUGGGUUUGGUCCUCGCCAUGACAUGUUUCAUCACGUUCACCUCGACCGCGCACCGAGGUCGAAUCAUACUUUGCUUUGUCGGCUUCGUCGUCGCGGCCGUUUGGAUCCUCCUGAUCGUCAACGAAGUCGUCGGCGUUCUGCUCACGAUCGGUCAUAUCCUAGGUCUCAGCGACGCCAUCCUAGGACUGACCAUUUUCGCGAUGGGCAAUUCGCUCGGUGACCUCGUAGCGAACGCGACCGUCGCUCGCAUGGGGUUCCCCUCCAUGGCGAUCGCAGCCUGUUUCGGUGGACCGAUGCUCAACAUCCUUCUCGGUAUAGGUCUUUCAGGCUGUUACCUCAUCGCACGCCACAACGGCGAAUCGUUGAACGUGCAAAUGUCUCGCACGUUGCUCGUUUCAGGGUGUGGUCUUUGGGCGAUCUUGAUGGCGACGUUGAUCGUCGUGCCUCUGAACGGGUAUUGGAUGGACAAGAGACUGGGCGCGGGUUUGAUCGCGGCGUAUUCGAUCGUGUUGACCAUCAACGUGUUGGUUGAGAUCUUUUGGUAG